AUCAGGACAGUGAAUUCAUUUUAACACAUAAGUAUGGAGCUAGUCGGAACGCUGCUUCUGGCCGCGAUCGUCCUGGGUCUUCUGAUUGUUUUAUUUAGAAAGGACUCAGUUCACAAUGCCAAAAUGCCACCCGGCCCUACCCCGCUGCCGGUGAUCGGUAACCUGCUGACUAUGAACGGCAGGGCUCCUCAAGAGAGCUUUUUAAAGAUGAGCGAGACCUAUGGACCCGUGAUGACAGUGUACUUAGGUCCACAGCCCGUGGUGGUUCUGGUCGGUUUUGAGGCGGUCCACGAAGCGCUUGUGAAGCACGCUGACGCUUUCGCAGGCAGAGCAACAAUGCCUCUCUUCCUUCGGGUCAACAAAGGCUACGGCAUGGCUUUCACUAAUGGAGAGCGCUGGAGGCAACUUCGCCGUUUCUCUCUGUCCACAUUGCGGGAUUAUGGGAUGGGGAAGAGAAGCAUUGAAGAUUGGAUCCUGGAAGAAGCCAAUCAUCUAGUGGAGGAGUUUCAUACAAAAACAGGACACUCCUUUGAUCCUACUUUAACCCUGAGUCGUGCUGUUUCCAAUGUUAUCUGCUGUAUCAUAUUUGGGCAGAGAUUUGAAUAUGAGGAUAAGGACUUUAUCCAUCUGCUUUCCAUCCUCAGUACAAAUGUUCGUCUGAUCAGCAGACCUUUUGCUCAGUUGUACAACAUUUUUCCAAAACUUAUGAAUAUCAUGCCUGGAGUCUACAACAGAAUUUUGGAGAAUGCAGAACAAUUAAUUAAAUUUAUCAAGACUCAAGUUGAAAAGCACAAAGAGACACUAGUAGUUGACAGCCCAAGGGAUUAUAUUGACAACUUCCUCAUCAGAAUGAAACAGGAAAAUGGAAAUCCUGCCUCAGAGUUCAACUUGGAUAACUUGGUAAUCAGCAUUUCAAAUCUCUUUGGGGCAGGGACUGAAACGACCAGUACCACUCUGCGAUUUGGACUCCUGGUCCUCAUUAAGUAUCCCCAGUUUCAAGAAAAGAUACACCAAGAAAUUGACUCUGUAAUUGGCAGGGAUCGUCCUCCUUCCAUGGAGGAUCGCAAGAAUAUGCCCUUCACGGAUGCCAUGAUCCAUGAAACCCAAAGGUUCGUCGAUCUUGUCCCAAUGAAUGUUCCUCAUGCUACUACACGGGAGACUGACUUCAGAGGAUAUACCAUUCCAGCGAAUACUGUGGUACUCCCUUUGCUCAACUCUGUGCUCUUUGAUAAGACACAGUGGCAGAGUCCUCUGUCCUUUAAUCCUGGACACUUCUUAGAUGAAAACGGUCAGCUUAAAGUAAAUCCAGCCUUCAUGCCAUUUUCAACAGGGAAGCGAGUCUGUACUGGUGAGAGUCUUGCCCGGAUGGAGCUCUUCCUGUUUUUUGUUGCCCUACUACAGAAAUUUUCCUUCAGUUCCACAGAGGAUCCUGAAAACAUUAGCCUUGGAGCUGACACCAGCUCCUUUUUAAAAGUUCCUUUACUUUACAAACUCAAAGUAAGCUCACGGUCAUGAGAAGAACCAAGUAACUGAACACAGAAACUCUCAAGCUAUAGAUUUACUUAACAAUGAGGUUGGAUGUAAUUCUAUUUAAAAUAGAAUUAUUAAAAAAAAAUGUAUUUGACUGAGAUUAUAGCAAAAUGGAAAUAAAUUAUGUUUGAUUAAA